GAAUUUUGACACUUCACAUGUGAACGAUUGAGGCGGUAUUUUGGUUGUAAUGCAUGCAGAAAACUUAUUUUUUGUUCUUUACUGUUAUUAGAAAAUUAAAACAUUCGUGAAAAUAUCAAAACACACGUGCAUAUGUGAUGGAAUAAAAUUUUCGUGGGAACGAAGAUCUUGCAAGCCACACCCACCAUGUCGUCGAGCGAGGACGAGAAAAUGAGAGAGAUGGAGAGCGCUCUCGCAUCUCAACAGGUGGUCAACUAUCAAGCCACGGGUGGCAUACCUGCCAAGCCAGAUCAACAAGAACCCAAAGACAAGUACCACAUUGUCCGACUGACCAUGUAUCUCUUUGGAAUAACUUCUCUUCUCCCGUGGAACUUCUUUAUUCAAGCCAAUGAUUACUGGAUGUACAAAUUUCGAAACACAAGUGCCCCGUUUGAUCCUGCAUCGGAAGACAAGACGAAUUUGCAAACCAUCUUCUCUAGCUACCUCGCUAUUGCCAGCAAAGUCCCUUACGUCUGCUUCCUGCUCGUCAACGCCUACGUCAGCAAUAGGUUUCUGCCAUCGAAGAGGAUUCAAUAUCCCCUCCUGGGCAUGAUACUUUUGUUUCUAGUAACGACAUCCAUCGUGUUCGUAAAUACUGAUAAACAUCAAACAGCGUUUUUUGGUAUUACGAUAGGAAUUGUCGUUGCAAUAAACUCAAUGUGUGGCUUUGUGCAAGGAGGAGGAACCGGAAUCGCAGGCAGUUUACCGAAAAGGUAUAUGGGUUAUAACGUCAAUGGCAUGGCUCUUGGUGGAAUGCUAGCAUCAGCAGCUCAAAUUCUAUCCCUGGUGGGAAACACAAAUCCUUCUGACAGCGCCUGUUUUUACUUUGCUACAGCUACAGUUUUCUUGUGCAUCACAUUUGGAUUCUUUCGCUUAACUCUGAGAAGCGAACUGUACAACUUUUACAUGUCCAAACAAACAUCCAUGCUGAAGAAAAGAGAUAGACCAGCUGACGCAAGUUCAAAAAGAGCGUCGAAUUUGGAAAUUUUCAAAAAAAUAUGGGUGUACGCCAUUUCAAUUGUAUUUGUAUUUUGGGUUACGUUGGCUGUUUUACCUGCAGUAGUUGUACUGGUUCUGUCUACAUCUACUGAAGAUACCAUAUGGACAGGACGUCUCUUUUUACCCGUGGCUUGUUUUUUGCUGUUCAACACAGCUGAUCUCGUCAGUCGUCUCGUCGCUUUACGCAUCCCCAUUCCAUCAAGAUUCAAGCACAUAACGCUCACGCUGACCAUCCUUCGAGCUGUUUUCGUGCCCCUGCUCAUGCUUUGCAAUGCUCAUCCUCGUUCUCAUCUCCCAAUCGUAUUCGACAGUGAUGUCGAUUUCAUCAUCAUCAUCGUCUUCUUCGCUCUCACUGGCGGAUAUUUGUGCAGCAUCGCUCUCACUCAAGGACCCAAGCAAGUUAAAGCAGAGCACAACGAACAAGCAGGUUCUCAGCUAGCAUUCUUUCUUGGUGUUGGACUUAUGCUAGGCUCCGUGUCUUCUUAUGGUUUAGUAAAAUGGCUAUAACUGCUGCCAUGGAAACUUAACGUACAUUGGAUGGUAAAAGGCUGAUUAUGGAGAAAGUUUCUUUUAACGGCACAAUCUGAAAAAGAGACCAUUUCAAUGCAGGCUAACAGAGGCACAUCAUUGAAUCUUUCAACACAAAACUUUGGAGUAUUUAUGAACUAUUUUAUUGCCAUAGUCACUAUUUUACUACGAUUGAUUCAAGAAAGGAUGAUGCAAGGUACAAAACUAAAAAUCUGAAUUUUAAUGUUUUUAGAUGAACUGCUCAUCAAUGAGGUGAAUAAGCAAAUUAGGGAAUUCUAAUAUUUUAUCUGGUGAUGAGGAACGAAGCAUUACCUCUAUAUAAUAUUUAUGACAUUAUAACUUUGGCUUCUAAGCAUCGUAACAGAAACAGUUCUGAACUAGUUGUUGUACAAACUAAAAAGUACAGCUAUGUGGCAUUGAUUCAAGUACAGUAAAAUUUGAACAACUUCAAAACCAUGGUCAGCUGGAACAGAACAAUAAUGUUGCUCCCAGUAUCUUAAAGAUACCUAAUCAGCCUAAACAGCAUAUUCUGAUUCUAAUACAUUUCUAAAGAAAUGUAUGCAUAAUUCCCAAAAACAAUUUUCGAACUACAGUGGAACCUCUUUAAUUCAAAGUCCUGUAAUCUAAACAUCCACUAAUCCAAACUCCAAUGAGUUGGAAUACAUGUACUGCAAAUAAGAUUAGUUUAGCA